CGGCUGGCAGCCGACAGCAGCAAGGGGAGCGCCGCCGCCGCAUUAGCAGCGGCCCGUGAAGGCGGCGGCCGCGGCGACCGGUAGCGCCGCCCAGGGGCAGCUGCGGCUGCGGGAGCGGCCCACCCGCCUCCUCCCUUCGCGCUCCCUCACAGCCAUGGCGGCGCCGGAGGUCGCGGCGGCGGUGGCGGCCGCGGGCGGGUGAGCGCCCGAGGAAGAGGCGGCGGCGGCGGCGGCGUCUGAGGCGGCCGGUGGGCGAGGCGGUUCGGCGGAGCCCGGCCCGGGAAGAGGAUGCGCGAGUACAAGGUGGUGGUUCUGGGCUCGGGCGGGGUGGGGAAGUCGGCGCUGACCGUGCAGUUCGUCACCGGCACCUUCAUCGAGAAGUACGACCCCACCAUCGAGGACUUCUACCGCAAGGAGAUCGAGGUGGACGCCUCGCCCUCCGUGCUGGAGAUCCUGGACACGGCCGGCACCGAGCAGUUCGCCUCCAUGCGGGACCUGUACAUCAAGAACGGGCAGGGGUUCAUCCUGGUCUACAGCCUCGUCAACCAGCAGAGCUUCCAGGACAUCCGCCCCAUGCGAGACCAGAUCAUCCGCGUCAAGAGGUGAGGAUGGGGGCGGUGAGACCCCGCCUUGGCUAGGAGAGACCCCUCGCUUCUCCCCCCUAAAAAAACCUCACCCAAAUCCCCGUUUCCCUGCCUCCUCUGCGUUUCCCUGUUUCCUCUGCGUUGCUCCCACCUAGCCUUCUUUGCCUGUUGCCCAGCAGUCCUCCUCCUCCUCCUCCUCUUGACUGCUCUGCAGGGAGCUCUCUACCAUCCUUGAGGAUCGCCUUCCAGGACCGGGACCCUCAUCCAGCACCCUUUCCUUCUGCCUUAUUCCUCCAGAUGGGCCCUUCUGCCCUCGCUUAAGGUGUCAAAACCUACCUGCCCUGGCAAAAAAAACCCCUACCAUCCCUCAGACCAAUCCUACACAUCCUGACUGUUUCAGCUUCACCCCCUCCCUGCCUGCAGGUAGCGCUCUCUAAAUACUGCAGGGAGACUUGCCUACCUCUUAACACCCAAACCUGCAUCCCCUGCUCAGUAUGUCAACCAAUUUCCUGCCCUUUGUGUGCUGCCAGAAUGUAAUUGCAUGCCCAGUAUCCUACACUGCAUCCUUCCUUGGGAACCUGGUGAGAAAUCUUGUCAUUCCUGUUCACCCACAUUAUAUAUAUUUUUUUAUCCACAUGGCGUCUUACUUCAGAUCUAUCUGUCCUCUGUGCCCUUGCCUUGCCUAUCUUUAAUUCUGUUCCCAUGCACAGAGCUUUCAGUUCUUCAUUCCACCCACUUCUGGAGCUCUGUGUUGCAUCUCCCAACAGCCUGCACAACUUCUGCAAGUCCUGACUGCAACAUUGGCAUAUUCACCUCCAGCUUUAUCUAGGCUUUCAGCAUUCAUAAACCAUGCUGGUUACCUUGCAUGUUCCUUAAUACACCUUCCUCUUUCCUAUGUUUUUGUACAUGUGUCUACACAUCAACUUGAAUAUAAAGUACACCUCUUAUAUCCUGUUCUUGUUGCCUAGAUUUCUGCUUUAUAGAAGCAUUCUCUCUGCCUGUAUUGUUGCCUAUUCACAUGUGCAUAACAGAUGCCCAUCCCUCCAACUAUACAUCAGACAAGUGGUUUGGGAUGUCUUACUUUCUACUUCUGAAAGCAACUUAACUCUGCCUAAAAGCACUAAAAAUAAUUUUACCCAUAGUAAACACUAUCUUUCCCUGUAAUAUUAGAACCAGUCUCCUGAUGGGGUGUUCCAUCCGGCUGGAUCAAAUUGGGGUGUUUCCUUGAUUCUCUGGUUGUUAAUUUACUUUUUUUUUUUGCAAGGUUUAAUAAGAUGGCAUUAGAGAAAAGCUUUACUCUUUGACUCUUCAUACUGAAGCGAUUCAGGCAAGAUCUUUGACAUCCUAAUCAGCAUGAAAAAUAUAUUUCCAGAAGCUGCAUCCCUUCAAAAAUUCCUGAUAAUUAUUAGUAUUAAGACUGCAGAAUUUUUAAAUGAUAAUUGAUGUGCCUGUCAGCAUCAGCUUAUUUCAGUGUCAACACAUCUAGAUGGAUGCCUUAAUCUGCUUUAAAAUCAGCCCUAAAACGUUAAGUGCUGAAAAGGUUUUGAAGGUCCAACCUCUUGCAUUAUGAUAGAAUCUGCUCAUGUCUAAAUACUGAAAGAUUACCCUCUUAAGCCUCUUUGCUGCUAUUUCACAGUACUGUACUAUGCCCAGUGCGGUUCAAAAUGAACAAGAAAGAUAACUGUUAAAAAGCAAUAAAAUACUGCAAUAACGUCAAAGUUUGAAACUUAGUAACCAAAUGCAAACCAUACCUUGGCAGUAAAAUAAAAAGGUACAGGCCUUGCAGUUUACCAAAAGCCCAGCCGUUGAAAAUGGUGUUGACAAGCUUAUGAAUGAAUAUAAGAGUUGUACCUGGUGGGCCUCCUUGGGGAGCAAAUUCUGUAGUGCAACUGUAGAGAAGGUCUUGCUUUGGGCAUCCUCAAUUCUGAUUUCACAUAGACUCUGAACUCUGGAGAAGAGCAGACAAAAUGCCUCUGGGGCAAGAAAUAAAUUGAAUGAAACAGCUUGUCUUGUUCAAGUGAAGAGUGCGCCAUACAGUGGGGAGGCGGUGGCACCUGUAUUCUCUGCCCCAUAUAAAGAAUUGCAUCUGGUUUAAAGGAGCAUAUUCCCAAACCCUAAGCAUAGUGAGUUUUCCUGCCAUCCAAGCCUCCUCACAAGAAAGAGUGUUAUUUGCCUCAUUUGAAAGUGGGCAGGAACAGAUGAGUACAGGGGGCUAGGAAACCAUGGUCCUUUCCCCUAGAAGUUAUAGCAUUUAUUAUAUUAACAACAGUAGUUUUAGGCACAAUAUCUAAUCUACUUUAACCCAUAGACUUUAAGCAUAUGAUUGUCAUGUCCAGCAUAAUGUCUCCCAUAGCAGCUCUAGGAUUGAGAGUGCAGGAGAGGAAAACACAGAUAUCACAGUAUAAAAUUCCUUCCUAAUCUUAACACACCAUUAUUAAGGCACAUCUGUAAAUGUAUUUAUUUUUACGUAAUUGUGGGGUUUUUUUGUCCUAUGAUUCUGCUAGUGAUGCUAUCUCUGGAAUUCAUUAAUCUCUCCCAGGAUAUGUUGUGGAAUCUAUUCCUUGAGGGAAAUAGAAUUGUAAGCAAUAGUUGUUAACUGUGAUUUUUCUACUAUUAUUGAAAUUCCAUUGGUAGCAGUAUCAGUGGACAUAGUUUUUUUCAAACCGCCAAACUGUUCCAAUCAGAAUAGAUGGGCUCUCUUAGUUUAUUAAGAUGCUAUUGCAUUAUGUUGUUAAAGUGACCAGUUGGUGACAUUUUAUUAAUGACUCUUCUGUCCCCUGUCCCAGAUCCAGAAAUGCAAUAUAUCUUUCCUUAAAGCUUUGUCUUCAACAUUCACUAGUAGAAGACAUACAACUGGGUUAGUUGUUGUUUUUCCCAUGGUUAGAAACAUUUUAAGAUACCUAGAUAAAAGCAAGUACAAGUAGGAACAAGCAGUUCAUGGUGGGGGGAAAUAAUCCCUCUAUCCCUCUGUUGUUAGGGAAGUGUGCAGAGAAAUGAUGACCAAAUACCUACCAAUGUAGCCUGUACUUUACCAGGCUGUGCACCAUGCAGAACAUUUUUUGCUGUAUUCUGAACUCACUUCCUGGUUCUGCUGGAAUAAGCACCACCACCAUUUUCCUGGGCACCAGAAUCCACCCCCAACUGUGUGUGGUCUACUAAUGGGCCCAACACCUGGGAAUUACAGAGCUAAUCUCUACCACUGUUCUUACAAAUAAAUUUAACCAUAGGCUUUCUGUAUUUACACGUGAAAUACCAAUAUAGUUACUGAUUUUUCAUUGUGUGUUUUCUUCUGUUUUCUACAAAAUGCUACUGACCUUGGGAUGAGCAGUGGUUUCAGACUAAGGAAGCUUAAGCCAUUUAUGCUUCUGGUUAAAAUGCUAUUCUCACCUGCAUGUGUGAUACCUGGUUACUUUUCAGUCUGUAUUUUUGUCCACGUAUAUCUGAUAAACGUUGUAAAGAUACAUGAUCUGUGUUUCUUUUGACAUUUCCACAGUUCCAGUAGAGAACAGAAAGCCAUCAAUCUGUGGAAUUUGUCUGAAAUCUUUUGAGGAAAUUCUGUGGCUAUUUUUUAACUUAGAUUAUAUGCUAUUUUUAAAAUAUAAAUUAGCAUCAAGUCUCAAAACUUGAUAGGAUCUGUCAUCCUCAAAACUAACCAAUCAUAGUAUAUGAGGCAGUGUCAAAAUCCCGAUGACUGAUUACUAUUGCUGCUCCCAUGUAUGCUCAUAUGCCCCAUUCCCCAAAUAGGGUGGAUAUUUUCAAGCAAUAUCAACUUAAGAACUCCAGUGAGACUAGUCAAAGGUUCUUGUUAGUAGAACUGAAAAAGCCCACUGCCUGUGCACCAGACAAGGCAAUUACAAACAGGUUGUGACAGUUUCCAGGUCCUUGGUAAAGUGUAUAGAACUUGCUAUUUUUUGGGUUGUCUUAUUACACUACUUGAAAUUUUGAAACACAGGUUGCAUCACAACAGAACAACGUGUGUCAAUAAAGUGAGCUCUACUAGUUACACAGUGCUUUGUUUGCCACCAACUCUAGCUGCCCUCCAUUACUUCCUCACAGAUGUCAUAACAAGAAUAAUGGGGUUCCUAUCUGGAUCUGCCAGUUUGCAUGCUUCCAUGGGGGUAGCGUUCCUCCUGCUGGCUUGGAGACUUUCCGUGCAAUUUGGCAGAUACAGAGAUCGUAUGUGGAAUGUCUUCUGCAGCAUCCAUGUCAGUCUACACAUCUUUUAGCAGUAAUCAUGCUCAAACUACUGUAAUAGAAUGAACCACAGGAUGGACUUUACUGUAAAUCUCAGUGCUGAUUUCAGGCUAAUUCAAGUAAUCAUCAUUCUAUGUUAAGAUGUGGAUUGAGAAGUGUUUGGUUUUUUUGUUUUCAGGCAUGUUAUGAAAUGAUCAUGAGACUAUUUUACCAUGUGUUUCCACCCAGUGACCAUGAUAUUAGUGUUUUGGAAACACUACGUAAUUUUCACACAGUGAAAAAUUACGUAACCGUAUAUCUAGAGGAGAAAGUUCAAGUUAUGUACACUCAGUCCACAUCCUGCAACCUGAAGAGAGCCAUAAAUGUUGGUUCUUGUGCAACUAAAUCUCUAAAACUUUGUGCCUUGUCUUUCACGAAACUUUCAAAAAGAUUGUCAGUCUUUGAAAUAUCACCUUCUAUACCACUUGUAGUAAAAAGUAGACAUCUGCUGAACCUGUAUCUUGUCUUGCUAAAACUACAACUGUAGCAUUGUAGUACCUCUGCCUUUCUUGGCAAGAUAUCCACCCCUGUAGUCUAUAAUUGAGCAUGCUUAGUUCUGAAGCAGAAGAUAGCAAGCCACAGUAACAUGGGCAGGAAUCUUUUAAAGGAAAAAGCACAACAACAAAUUUAGGGCAGAAAAUUUAGCCUGGAUAGCUCAGAUCAUAAGAAUGCCAAGGUUGCAGGCAUUGUUAAGAUUGUUUUUGAGCUGACUAGGGAUAACUCAGAGUAUGAGACUCUUUAUCUCAGGGUUGUGUGUUUGAGCCCCGUGUUGGGCAAAAAGAUUCCUGCAUUGCUUGGAAUUUCACUGCGUGACCCUUGUGGUCUCUUCCGGCUCCACGAUUCUAUAAAUCUAUGAUAUUAGAUAAGAAUAUACAUGUGCUGUAUUUUCAUGUUGCAGCGUGAUCCAGUGUUUAGGACACUAACGUACUCCCCUUCUACAGACUGGAAAAAGUGCUGCUAAUUGUGAUGUUUUGAAGAUUUCACUAUUCAUUUCCCCCCUGCAGCUGGAGACUUGCUGGGGCAAAAGCACCUAAGCUAAUUCAUUUGUGGUCCUACUGUCAUUUCAACAUUUUUUUAAAAAAGAAAAAGCCCUAGUAGCUUCCAGAAUACAUUCAAUGUUCUGCCUAUGUUUGGCCCAGUUAUUGUUUGAAACCUCCAUCAUAUCUUUAUUUUAAAUGUCGAAAGGUUCAGAAGUUAGAGAUAAUGAUAUUGGGUUGGGACCAGACUAAGUUGAACUUUGUUCUGAUAGGUUUCACUAGGAACACCAAGCUGGAUCCAAAGUGCAUCCGGGGACUUUUUGAAACUGACUUCUUGUCCCCUUCUCCCUACAGUAGCCGUCCAGUUUUCAGGGAACCUGUCAGUCUCCUGCACAACAGAUCACCCUAUUUGGCAGGUUCCCUCAUUUUCAGGAGAGCAUUUUGUAGGGUCAACUGCUGUUGGAAGGAGAGGGACACAGAAAUCAGCUUCUGCCAGUCCUAUUGUGCACACUUAAACUUUGAUCCCGUCCUAAGUCAUUACUAACUUUUCCAAUGAAAUAGGAAACUUGGUUUAACCAAAUUUUGGUUAAUUAAAAAUUUUCCUUGAAUUCUUUGCAAAAUAUUUUCUAAUUAUGGAUAAUUUAUUCUUUCCCAACAACUACAGAUUUUUAAAAGAAACGUACAUUCUAAGUACCUGAAAAUUCUAUCUUUUAUUUUCAAAUCAUUUUUCAAUGUCUGUCAUUACAGAAAUAAUAAUUCUCAGUUUUAACAACAUGGAUAUUGUUGAUUCUAACAGGUUCAAGCCAUAGAAACGGUCUUGAGAAAUAAAUGAAAAGGCGAGUCAACAGUUUUUUGCCAGUACAGUACUUGCACAUAAGGAGAUUAAGAGGAGAGGUUUCUAAAGAAUUCUACCUUAAGAGAACCUGGCUCAACUGUUAACCCUUUCUAAAUUGUGGGGUUAAAAAAACAGAAUAAAACAGCAGGUUACUACUUCAAGAAAGGCUAAAAAGGAUAUACCAGUGUAAGCUUUCAAAAGUUAAAAGUAGCUUGCUUACAGAAGCACAGAUUAAGAAAUGUUUUGUAGGAGAAGGAGCAGAUAUCAUUUAUAAUUACUAGGUAGAGUUUGACACAUCACUUGCAUGCUAGAACAGCGUUUGCAGUGAAACUGGGUUUUAAAAUGUUUGUACAGUUAUCGGGAUAAGAUUUCCCCCCCUUAAGGCUUGCACUUUCCCAGAAAGGAUUUUUGUGGUUUGUUGAGAGGUGUUCUGAACACUAUAUGGCUUUUUGGCACAGCAGAUUAAAAUCCUCUUUGUAAUGAGGUGUUUGGGAAAGAUUGAGUAUGGGAAAACAUUAUAUCCUAAAAUAUUUUUCUAGAGAAUAAGUAAAUACAUUGUUGUAGCUCCAAAGACGUCAUCAGAAUUCUCAGGCGCUCUGUAAUUCCAUUUUAUAUAUGGGGUAGGGUGGGACAAAAGGGAUUUCCUACAGUGUAAGUAUAUGUAUUCUGGAUCAGACCCAAGACCUAACUAAUGCACCCAUUUCUCACAAGGAUCAGUCAGAUGUCACUAGGAAGUCCACAAAUAUAAUAUGAGGGCAAUAAGUUGCUCCUGCGGAUGUUGCAUGGGCACUGGUGUUUAGAGUCAUGCUGCUUCGUGGGGGUAACAUAGCAGUAAAAAUAAUAGUAAUAGUACAACAACAACAAUAAUUUUAUUAUUUAUGUGCUGUCCAUUUGUGUUGUCCCAGCCACUCUGGGCUGCUCUGAACAAAAUAUUUUUAAAAAAUAAAACAUCAACUAUUUAAAAAAAACUUCCCUGAACAGGGCUGCCUAAUUCCGUUUUAGAGAUAUCUGAGUUGAUGGACACCACCCCAUAAUUUGGCAAUGAAGUCUUAAAUUUUAAUUAUGUGUUCUGUGAACUAGCAUCUUUUUUGCCUGUCCGGAAUUUCCCACCAUUCAUCUUCAUUGGAGAAACCAAGGUUCCAGUAUUUCUGAAAGGUAGAAAAGCAUCUCUCUCUAAGCACUUUCUGCACAUCAGGAAUAAUUUUAUAUACCUAUGCCAUCUAGAUUUGUAUAAUGUGAAGCAACAAAAAUGGUGAACAGUUGGGUGAAUAGUAAGAGGUUGCAACUGAAUGACAGCUUUCCUUAUGCCUGAUUUAGUGCUGUGUGGGCUGGGACAGGCCAAAGUAUCUAGAUAGAGCCAAGUUUGGAAAGGCUAGCUUAUGCAUUAGAACAACAGUUCCCAGUUGGUGGUCCAUGGACCCCGGGGGGCCCAUGGCACCAUUCACAUAACCAAAACUACCAUAGAGAUAUCUAAAUUUUCAAAGGUGAGGGUCCAUGGCUUGGCUUUUGAAAAACAGUGCAUCCACAGUAGGAACCACUGCAUUAGAAGGUUGCAGUGGCAUUGCUUAAUCGCAUAAUAUGGUGCUUGUAGAGUAGGCAUAGGAAAACUUGACCCUCCAGCUGUUUUUGGACUACAGCUCCCAUCAUCCCUAGCUAACAGGACCAGUGGUCAGGGAUGAUGGGAAUUGUAGUCUCAAAACAUCUGGAGGGCUGAGUUUGCCUAUGACUUGUUGUAGAGCAUCCUAGAUUUCCAUCGAAUCCUACCUGUUGUUUUAUCCUUGGAAAAGAUUUGUAUACCUAGAUCAGCCAGCUGAUUCUUCUGCUUGUAUCUAUUCCCAAGAUCACUUUAAAAGUUGUUUGUUGUUAAAAGUUGUUUGCAAGUGGUAGCCUUGCAAAAGUUAGGAUUGGGAGCAUUAACUGAUACGCAUAAAUCAUUGUAGUUAAAAUGUAGAUUUUUGUCUGAUCUACUCUUCGGUCAGGAUUAUCAGAUUUGAAAGGUUUUUUUGUAUAGCCAUAACGUUUUCUUGGAAAUGAAAUAUAUGGGGCAACAACUGCCAUGUUUUUGCUUCUGCGCACAUUCAUUUCUCCAUGUCUAGACUUUGAACAGGGGGUUAAUAAAUUGAUUUUAUUCACAGUCAGAAUUAGUACAAUAAUUGCAAAUAGGAACAUUUAAAACUGGAAUUUUCUUUCUAUAUUAAUGGAACCCAAACACAUCUGCACUUCUGGAAAAAAUAAUUACUGCAGUAGAAAUCCAGGCAUUGGUUUUAGGGGGAAAUAGUUUCACCAGUAGACUUUGAAUUAUAUCUGAAAUGUAACUUAGUUCCAGUUCAUCCUAAUGGAAAGACACUUAGCAUCGGUGCUAUGUGGAUAAUGUACAUUGUACACACAAUCAAAAUAGUUGGUAGUCUUGAAUUUUAGGUACUAAAUAACUUGAGUUGGGCAAGUUGAUGAGAUCAUUCCACUUCUAUGAUGUUCUGAGUAAUUGCAUGGUGAGGGAGGAAGAGAAGAGCAGAUAAUAUGGUUCAGAUAUGAGCUGCCUGAUAUAUGGGAAAAUCCUGGAUUCCUAAAUAUUGGCUUCUAGGUCCUAGGAAUUGGAAAUGUUUUCCUAGCAGUGUUAUAUUUUAAAUAAAAGUUCACUCUAAGGCCAAUCCCUCCAGGAAGUGAUAGUUGAACUCUUAACCAAUAAAUAUCUACAAAUUACAUGUCUGGUAGCCAAAUUUGCUUUGGCAGCCAAGACACUCUGCUCCAGUUAUGUUAAAGCAUUGAAAUUCUAAAAUUCUGCAUCUUUAUUUAAUGGGGAUAAUAUGCCACCAGUUGGUUAAAGUCUGAAAAAGUAAUUCACCAUAGUACAUUUUGCUGACAACAAACCUGUAAAAAUGCAUGUCAUCUCUGGAUAACAAUAUUAUCUGUCUAUUUUGCUUUUCACUUCUGGCACAUGUAUUUAUGUGCCAUACAAAAUCUGGGCCUCUUGGCUUCCUUAGGUGAAAUAAAAUAUGUGUUUCUUUGGGAAACCUCAGUGUUUGUUUAAAAGUAGACUUCCAUGUGCUGAUUGUACAGAAGAUUCUAGAAACUUUAUUAUGCCCAAGCAAUAUUUUCCAGUUGUGGCCUCUCUGUCAUUUAUGUACCAGAAACUGCUCAGGGAACCAAGGCAUACAUUGAGAAAGAUGUGGGAUGUACACUAGAAAAACAUUCCUGUUCAAUAGCCUAAGAUGUGAGAUACAUCAGAGAAGGAUAAGGAGGAUUAUGAAAAGGAGUAAAUUUUUCGGCCUGAUCAAAGGUGGGGAAAUGGUUUGUUGUAUGAAUGGGUGUGUGCAGGAGGGGGUAAAUUUAAACCACAUUUCCCAUUUGUAUUCAGGAUAUUUUGUAAACAAAAGUGCACACUAAUUGGCAUCAUCACAGCAAGCUGACCUACAAAUGAACAGAGCUUUUAUGUCGCCUAGGAGGGUGAUCCAGAGUUUCUGUUCAUGCAGCCCAUGUAUCUUGUGGGCUAUGGUAUUCCGUGGAUGGAAUCCAAAGGAUUUCCUUCCCCUUGACGCUGUUUUCCCAAGAAAUAUUUAAGACAGCAGCAGUGGUGUUUGUACUGAGGUCUUGCUAUCAUAGAAAUUUAAAAAUAAAAAGUGAACUUGCAUCAAUUCAGAAUUGUUUUUUCUCCUUGAGACAUUUGGUUUUUAUCAAAUGAACCCUCUGCCUGUCUUCUGCGAGAGACAUUUUUAGAGGCGGAUGUUAGUGCAAUGUGCUGGAUUUUAAGCCGCUGUUCAGUUGAUUUGUGAUAGUUUGCUGGUGUUUUGUAUUGGGGGGGGGUUCAGAGGAUGAUGUAAUUAUUUUGGGGGGAAAUGUCUUUUCUAGAAAGAACCAUUGCUCUGGAUGUUUAGGUUCUAGCUCCGUGCUUCUCACACUUCUUGAGUUGGAGUGCCGGAGGGUUGUCCAUCUGGAUAAAUUCUUUAUUGAGUCCCCACUAUAGGGUAGAAUCCAGAGUGCUGCAUGUGAAAUCCUGCACAUGGUCUACGAUUGCUGAGGACCUCCAUUCCUUCUCCAGGCCUUCAAACCCCUCCAAAAACUUCUUGGGAAACGUGCUUCUUCUUGUGCAGUCAAACACAUGGGUCAUGUACAUGCACAGAGCCUCAUUCAGGAACAUUCUCAGGCUGCCUUAAGAGUUCUGGCAGGUGUCCCACUCCAGAACUUCAAAGAUGAUUUCAGAUCAGAUAUUCAGGAGGGAAGUUGAAUAUCCAGUAGUCCCACCCUCCAUGUACACACAUCAAGAGAUUUUAUAGUGGAUUAUUGAAGCUCAGAUAUUCAUGGGAAAUUCAAGGUUUAAAGGAAAUGCUAUGUCUUUCUAUCCCUGAGAGAUUUUGACAUAAGACUUAACAGCAAAUCAUUCUUCAAUGAAAUGUGUUGUUGUUUUUAAAGGAAAGUCUUAUCAAUCAACAUCUGUGCUGUUGUCAGAAUUUUAUGUUUAGCUCUUGAUAAAAAUAAGACUAGUAAUUCUCUUAGAGUACAUAGCUGAUUGGCAGUCUUCAAAUGUUGUAACUGUCAUUACUAAGUUGGGUUUGCAUGCAUAGGCAGCAAAUAUUGUGGUUUAAACAUGCUCUGCUCAGUCCUCAUGCUACAGCACAAUAUUUAAAUAUUGGGGCGAGGGAUGGCAAUCAUAAUACCCUGCUUUUCACUGAAGAUGAGAGAUUGCGUUAGAAUCAGUAGACUUUAAUUCAGUAUCUGUUAGCUCUCCUCUCUGAUGAAAGCUGUGCAUAAAAGGGUCAGAACAUUCUUUACUACUUGUAACUAUCCAGUGUAACAUAGAGAUUCAAAGAAAGCUGGUGAUGCUAAAGAAAUGCUUCGAAUUUGGGGGGUGUUCUAAAAAGAGUUGUGUAGUGUACAGUCAAACAUAUUUUAUAUCUUACCAUCCAGAGUGGCAUCGGCUUGGUUCACACAGUGCUAAACCAGAUUUAGUAGCAAAUCAUGGUUAACACUGAGGUGUCUGGCAAGUUAUCACUUAAACCUUUGUUUAUUGCAUUACAGAAUUGUUAAAAGCACUAGUGGGAGCAGCCAAGCUUUGAGAGCUGUUUGACAUUCUUGAUACUCUUCACUCAUGGCUCUGUUGCUUUUGGGUAGUGACUGCUCUUUAACCAUAGUUAAGAAGGCGGCCCAGAUUCACACAUAAUUCUUAAGCUAUGGUUAAUGUUAACUAAGGUAUAUACCAACUAUAAACCUUGAUUAAUGAGCAACCUUUAACCAUAGGUAAACUAUCAUUAAACUGCUGUGCUGGGUUCACACAUAACACUAAACAGUAGUUUAAUAAGCCAUAGUUUAACACAUCAUGGUUUAGCGUUGUGUGCAGACCAAGCCAUUGUGGUUAAUGUUAAUUAUGAUUAGUUUCAAACAAGCCAACUUUUAAACCAUGGUUACUGAAACUGGCUUAUUUAAAGUAACCAUUCUCAAUGUGAAUUGCAUUUCUGAGUCUAGAUGACACAGCAAGUUGUGAUAAGUGGAAGCUUCUGAAUUUGACUACAUGGGAAGCACUCAAGCUCAAGGUUCACAGCAGCUUGUUCCUCCUUAUGCACAUUGCAGUAGAUGAUGGUUUUUAGGCGAUGUUACAAACCAGUGUUCUAAAUAUUCCAUUUUGCACCUGGAUAUUGGCCACUUGCAACCAAGUGAAGAUUGCCAGGUGUCAGGAUGGCGCCUGAUGUCUCCACCAUCUGGAGGUUCAUGCCUGGGAAUCCUUGGAUCUUGCUUGUUUUCGCACACUAACAACACUUCCUUUAGAAUUCUAUCUGUGAUAUUUUAUCUGCACAAUCUGCACAAAAGGGACCUCCGGGGUUAUCUAGUCCAACUGCCUGCAAUGCAGGAAUCCCACCCACAGCCGUCCCUGGGUGGGCUUGAACCACCAACCUUCUGGUUAACAGCAAGGCACACUGACCCAUUGUUCCACUUAAGUGGUUGUACUUCAGGGUUAACCGGCCUUUCUUUAAAAUACAACACAACCUCUCCCCUCCAUGAGCAACUCGCUUGCCACUGCAUGUUGAACAUCUGCAAAUCCCAAACAAGUGUGAGCAUGCAAGGCUUAGGUGCCCAUAAAAAAAGUCUGGUUUUAUUAUUUCCCCGAAUUGCAUUUGUUUUGUGUGCAUUAAGAAAAAAUGCCAACAUUUGUGGUGGAAACAUGUAACCUUUGAAUACAACUGUGUUGCUAGAAGGAAGUUCGUGUUACAGCUUCUUUUGCCAUGGCUCUAUUGAUUUCUGCAUUGCAGCAUUACUUUAAAAUAAGGAUAUUUGGUGAAGCAUGAAUCAUAGAUGACUACAGAUGUAAAAUGUCUCCCAACACUUCUGCUUUCUGAAAUGCUGCAAGAACACCAUGCACUUUGGUACAUUUCAGCACACUGUAUCUUUAUUCUGGAAGACACAUGGAAUGGGCUCUUUUCUCUACCCACUUCAAAGAUUUCCAGAUUAAAAUAUGUGCACAUAUUGGGGGUGGGAACCAACCCUGGAUCUCACCGGUUUCUGACAGGUGAUUUCUUGGUGCAGUGACAACAUUACCAGUGUUAGAAACUCAGAUACAUAAGCUAGGUGCCAAAUGGCUCCUUGAACCAUGGUUACAGUUACCAAAGCAGAAUGCCUAGUUGCCAUUUGGAGGCCAGGCGGCUUGAAAGUCAUAUUUUUUCAAUACAACUUUGGGGUUCCUGAAAUUCAUUCUGAUUGGGCAGCUAAAAUAUAACAGAUAGAAUUCCACCGGAGGUGUUGCUACUGUGUGAAAACAGGAGAGAGUAGGUGCAAGGAGGAAUAGAGAAAAGUGUGGGCAUAAAUGGCCAAACCACUUUCCUCAUGUGAACCAAGCUAUCCCCCCCCCCUUUCUCUCCCUCCCCUCCCCCCCCCCCCCGCCUUAUUGAAGCUUUUUAGAGACAAACAUGUUGUGGGAAAGUACUAACAUUUCAGUAGAUGGUUAUAUACUGGUGAACAUUCUGUUCUUCAUUUUGAAACAUCAUGUGAAGCAACGCUGAAAGUAGCUAGAAAACUGGGCUAAAGAUUUCCAAAAUGAGCCACAUUGCCAAAUCUUCAUUGUACUGUUUUUCAAAUCCAAGAUUCUGUAGCAGUAUAUUAGGCAUUAUGGUUUUCCUUAAGAUUGCAAAGGGCUUCAACCUUGUUUUUGUAUCUAAUUGCAGGUAUGAGAAGGUGCCUGUAAUCCUGGUUGGAAAUAAAGUGGACCUGGAGAGUGAGAGGGAAGUUUCGUCAAAUGAAGGCAGAGCCCUGGCUGAAGAAUGGGGCUGUCCUUUUAUGGAGACUUCUGCCAAAAGUAAAACAAUGGUGGAUGAACUCUUUGCAGAGAUUGUCAGACAGAUGAACUAUGCCUCUCAGCCAGAUAAAGAUGAUCCAUGCUGUUCUGCAUGUAAUAUACAAUAGCAUUCCAAAUGAUGGAAUUGGGCCUGAUUUGCUGUAUUUUUGGUAAGAUGAUACAACUGACUACUUCGCUUCGUGGUUUAAAAUUGGGUCUCGGGGGAUAAAUCCAAAGUGGAGUGGCAGCAUUAACUGCAAGCGGAACAUUGAAGUUGAUCAGUUUAGUGAAAGAAUUUGGGAUAAGUUUCUACAGUUCACUUGCCUGCAGCACAUCUCCUGCACCUGCAGAUCUGUGACACAGCCAACAGAUUUACAGGGUGAGCACAAACAGUGUAUGUUGGCUUUGUCAGACAACAGCUGCUGCUUUAAGUUGUUGUUGAUGGUGAAUGGGAGAGCACCAGCAAAGACACUUUGCACUCUACAUAUUCUCCACUGAUAAAUACAGGUUAACAAAGUGUAUGUGUCUGCAUAUUGAAUUUCAGGACUUGUCACUUGUGGCCAAGUUUACUAGGUCAAAUAUGCUAAUUCCAUCUUUGACACAAGCGUUAGUAGGAUUAUUGGCAAGUUGAUGUAGUUGGUCCCCCACCCCCCUUUAAAUUUGAUUCUUUUCUAUUAUCCCAUCAUGCGAAAAGGAAAAUAUUCCACCUGUACUUGAAAGUAAAGAGAGGAGCUCUGAAAAAUCAACGGCUUGUGAAGAGAAUAGUGGGACACUGGAAUGUGUUAAAUAUUCUGCAUUGGUAUUCAGAAAUGGUGGAUUGCUUUGGAUGCUGUUCAGUCAAGAAACCAAACAACCCUCUGUUUACAAAGUGGGAAAUGUCUUCAUCUCUUUACUGAAACAGGAAGAAGCAACUGUGAUGGGGGUAAAAAUUUGCUUAGCCUUACUAACAAGGAAAUUUUAGCACAUUAACAAGUACCACCUUGUAAGGAAAAUGAAGCCAUGUUGUAUCCAGAUGUUCCUUUUGCAGAAACCUCAUGGGGACUGUCUGAGCAUCCUGCAUUUUUAAGUUUAAGGAUACCAGUUUAUUUCUUGCCUUUAAGGGCUACGUCUUUGAUGUGAUAUCUAUGGAAUUCAAAUUUGCUAUUUUAUAGCUUUACUAUUGGCAACUGGUUGAUUGAAUUAACUGUGCAAGUUACUUAGACUCAGAAGUUGAAUACACAGUGUUGUAAUUCCAUAGAUGAGCAAGGAAAAGAUUCUUCUCUUCAGUUGCCUAACAUGCUAGUCAGGUGCUGCCAUACAGUGAUCCUGUUGCCCUGGUUAUUGCCGUGACAAAUAGUGAGUGAAACAUUGUUUUGAAAUGGUGCUCAGCCUCUGGUCUUAAUUUUCAUAGCAGUGGAAUACUUAUAAUUUGCAUGACUUAACAGCACCAGUUAUAUCUAUUCUGAUGUUUUACAAUCAAGGAAGUUUCCAAUCAGAAUGUCUAAGUUUGAAAUGCUGGAGUGAUCAUGUUGAGCUGGACCUUUAUGGAUGAUUUUGGCCUUUAAAAUGCAAUAUCACUGAGCCUGUGGUCCAAAUACCACCCCACAGUUUGGUUUUGCAGUCUUGUGGAGUAGCUGUGUAGUUUCUUGUGUAGACGAGUGGAGAGGCCUGUAUGUGUCUUGUGUGCGUGUCGGUGGGUGAGUGUGUGACUUUUUACAAAUGCUGUAAUGAACUUGAGUUCUGAGAUGUUUGCCUCCAUCAGCAGAAAAACAACCUGCAAUCUAAAGUGUGUCUAAAGAAACUGAAUUCAGAAGCAUUUUUUAAAAAGAAAUAUUGGUAACACUGGGCCACUUUAUUUCUGACACUGCGGAACACGUUUAGUUUAGUUCACUUUCUAACAGUUUAAGAAAAAUGAUGGAUGAUUAUAGGCCACUAUUGCCUUAGUCCUUGCAUGGUUUUUUCUUUAAAUCAAAAACGCAAAGAGCGUAAUGCUAAACAUGAGGUCCCACUCGAAAAAUGUAGCUCCUUCCCAAGCAGCUUGCACAGCCUACGGAGUUGUGGCACUUAAUGCAUAGCGCAUUGAUAGCUUGCAUGCGGAGAGGGGAACUGUCAUGAGUUCAUGGUCCUUAAAAGGUUUCAGAAGGAAUUGCUUUGUCUCUUAGGAAAAUAACCAGCUUUACCAUUGAAAUAAAUGAGAUGGACAGAUAUAACCUUAACAUUGAUUACAUUUUUUGCUUAUUCCAAACAUGGUUCCUGUCUUGCAUGCCAAGUAGUUUAUGCAGUCAUAACAGUGACACAGGUAAGAUGACUGAAAGACAUAAAUAGCAUUUUUGGUAAAAAAAUAAUAAUGGGCAUGCUUUUAAUGUGGAAGUCAUUGCAUAAUGUGGUGGAUUUGAACAGAAAAGUACUUCCUUGAUAAUGCUUACUGCUGUUUUUUAGAGACAAAGCAUUGUGUAUUCCCACAAAUUGUAACAGUUUUAUGUGAUGUGUAAUUCUAAAGAGGCAUACUGUGUGCUGCUUGGGUUCUGCUUACAUGGUUAUAGUGCCCAACCCUGGUGCCCGCCAGAUGUUUUGGACUACAAAUACCAUGACUCCCAGCCAGUAUGGCCAGCGGUAAGAGAAAAUGGGAGUUGUUGUUCAAAACUUCUGGAGGACACCAUGCUAGGGAAAUCUACUAUAGUGGGACAUUAAAGGAUGGACUUGGCUAAAAUAUUUUAAAUUGGCAGGAGAGCUGCAGUUACUUACAUUGACAUGGGGUUUCGCCCCCAUGUCAUGUGUUUAGGCCAGCAGAGUGAGUCACAGGUCAAAUGGGUGUCUUGUGUCACCAGUUAUCUAGUGCCAAUUCAAGAGGUGCCAUUGCUCCUGUGUUGAUUUCUCCCUCCCCUCUUUCUAGCCUAUUCCAGUGAGGGGCUUCUCCUGGACAUGUCUCCCUUGCAUCAAGAUUUUAUCCCUGCCCCACUGCUGGCUGACACUGAAGUUGUGCUUAGAAUUAAGUCAGGUGAUUGCCACCCCCCUCUGACCCAGACCACUUGGCAUUCCUAGACCCAUGCCACUGGGUUAGUCACACUCUUCAAGUAUAGACCCUGUAACUUCCUGAAACAUAUCGCAGUGGUAGCACUCCCUCAUGUAUAAAUGCGCACUAGGGGCACACUGGCAUGCAUCAGUGCCAUUAUACUUACUGGGAGUAGCUCGUUAAGGAUGACUGCUUAUUUUUGUAUCCCAAUCAGAUUCCAAUGGUAGUAAUUUUUUGGGGGGGUAUAACAUGCCUUAAAAUAUUAUAAUUUAAUCCAAAGACCUACUAUUCUUUAGCUUUUCUUAUAGAGCUUUGUAUUUUUCUGCAGCUGGCAUUUUUAAGUUUAUAUUGUCAUAUAAAUGGUUGUAACUUCUUUUGAAAAUAGAAGGGGAAAAUAUUUCCUCCUUUGCCCUUUGCAAACGUUAAUCAAACCAGCAUAAGUUCUAAAGGUUUUGUGGUUUGUUUCUUUCUUUAGGUAAGGUACCCCCCCCCCCCUGCCCACCACCCCCAGCAAAUAUUCAUAGCAGCUUUUCAGGACUUUUUCUUCUGAUAGGACCAACAAUGGAACAGUCCUUUUACCUACACUCCUAAUUCUGAAAUUGCCAUUAAUGUCUGUGGGAAAAUGUACUGGUAUUUACUUUUCUAUGUAACACAUGCUGCCUACUGUCAUCUUAGGGUGGAGGGAUGCAUGAUUUUUCACCAGUGUGCAGCUGAAGCACCACUUGGACUGUAAUUACAAAACUCCAUGGCAAAGCAAAUUUGGCAGCUGCAGGAAUUCUAAUGUGCAUUAUUCCUCUGUCAGUUCUUGAUCGAGGUUUCCAGAAAUGAUUGCAGUGUGUUUUUGAAAACUAGGCUUAACCAUUGACAAUUUGGGAUUUCCUAGAGUUGAAUAAAGAUAUUUAACAGUUGAUUGUUGAGCUCUGUUACAACUGAUAACUGAAAAAAAAAAUGCAGCAAGUUUUAUAAGGUGUCAGUUGUUUAAAUCAUGAUGUUUCAAAAUAAAUCAAAUUGUACAUAGAACUCAAUGCAAACUCAGCAGUUGUAUUUGGAGUUAAAUUAUUUUAACAAAUAAAUUUAUUUAAUGAAAUGUC